GCCGUCAGCGGUUUGUCGUUGGCGGGCGCUGCUGGAGCCGGCGGGCGGCGAUGGCCGGGCAGGUGGCCGUGCUGGGUUCGGCUGUUCUGGCGCUCUUGUUAGCUGGCUAUCUAGCCCAGCAAUAUUUACCAAUGCCCACACCAAAAAUAAUUGGGAUUGACCUUGGCACGACUUACUGCUCAGUUGGUGUCUUUCUUCCUGGAACAGGGCAGGUGAAGGUUAUUGCAGAUGAAAACGGGCACAACAGCAUACCAAGUAUAGUCUCUUUCACAGACAAAGGUGUGUAUGUAGGGUACGAUGGCCUAGAACUGGCUGAUUCAAAUCCUCAGAACACCAUAUACGAUGCAAAAAGAUUCAUUGGGAAAAUCUUCACUUCAGAAGAACUGAAAAGUGAAAGUAGCAGGUAUCCCUUUAAGAUUUUCAACAACAAUGGAUCAGCCGAAUUUUCUGUGACAACUAGUGAAGCCUUUCGUGUCACUCCAGAGCAUAUUGGCUCUCAGCUGCUACUGAAAUUGAAGAAAAUGGCAGAAGGCAGCCUUGGCAUGCGCGUUUCAAAGGCGGUCAUCUCUGUGCCAGCAGAAUUUGAUGAAAGGCAACGGAAUGCUACCAUUAAGGCAGCGCACCUUGCAGGGCUACAAAUUUUGCGAGUAAUCAAUGAACCCACAGCUGCAGCUAUGGCUUAUGGACUCCACAAAGCCGAUGUGUUUAAUGUUCUGGUGGUGGAUUUGGGUGGAGGAACUUUGGAUGUGUCUCUGUUGAACAAGCAGGGAGGGUUGUUCCUCACACGAGCCAUGGCAGGUAACAACAAACUUGGAGGACAGGAUUUUAAUCAGAGGUUGAUGCUGUAUUUAUAUGAUCAGCUCCAUCAAACGUAUGGUUCUCUGCCAACAAGAAAAGAAGAAAUACAUCGCCUCAGACAGGCUGUGGAAGCAGUUAAAUUAAAUCUGACUGUUCUUGAGGCAGCUACACUGAGAGUGUCGUUGACUGUGCCAGAAAGGAAGCUUACAAAAGAACAGCCAGAAAAGGAGGUAAAAACAAAGACUCUGCUAGAAGGCAAGCCUUCCCCAAAAACAGAAGAUCUAAAAAAUCUCGCAGACACUUCAAAAGGAGAGAACAACUUUGUCAAAGUUGUGUUUGAAACAGAAAUCACUAGGAAGCUAUUUGAGAUGUUAAAUGAGGACCUUUUUGAGAAGAUUCUUGUGCCCAUUGAACAAGUGUUGAAGGAAGGCCAUCUACAAAAAGCGGAAGUGGAUGAAAUUGUGUUAGUUGGAGGCUCCACCCGGAUUCCUAAAAUACGCAAAGUUAUUCAGGAUUUCUUUGGAAAGGAACCUAACACCUCUGUAGAUCCUGAUCUAGCAGUCGUAAUGGGGGUAGCUGUCCAAGCAGGAAUUGUUGGUGGGUCCUGGCCUCUUCAAGUCAGUGCUGUAGAAAUUCCUAAUAGGAAUUUACGGAAGACUAAUUUUAACUGAAAAUAAACUCUUACCCAUUGCAUUCCAUCUCUCCAGAAGCGUACUCCGGUGGUGCAUAAUUAUCUGACUGGCAGUGGAGCCUAAUCUUAGCUGUAUUCUAUUCAUUUUUUAUCUAUUCCAGUUAGGUGUUACUGGACACCUAACUGCAUUAAAUCCAGAUGUUACUUUAAAGGUAUGAGUGAUUUUUGAAGUUCUGAAGUGCCCUGUAUUUGCUUGUUGAUUGGAUAUUGGGUGAAAAUGCUAGUGAUGACACACCCAUGUCUUCUUGCUAAAUUUUAUUAGCGAAUACUGAAGAGGUGUAUGUUUAAAAUACAAAGGGAGUGUGACCAAAGGUUAGUGUUAAUGUCGUACGGUACUGUAGAUAUUCCCAGGUCCAACAUACUUACUCUGAAAGAAUGUGAAGCAGUAUUAACGCACACAGCACUAGCAGCGUUGAGCUUAAAUUUAUUUAUUAAACUGAGUCAUUUGAGCAUUUAAGCACCUUUCUAAAAGGCAUGUUGCAGCUUAAAUGAGAUUUAUGCACUCACCUGAUUAUUCUGCUGUUCGUAACAGCAUGAUGGCAUCACUGAGGCUGUAUGGCAAACUGUUUCAUGUUUCAGCCCAACCCUAUUGAGAAGCUUGGCUCUUGCUAAGGCAGAGUUCCUUAGCGUGUCUCCAAGGGCUUACUUCCUGAUCUGGGUUUUAUGGUGAACGUACAGGUGCUGAUGUCAUACCACGGGUGUUUUCCACAGGGAGCAAGGGCGUAUCACCAACUACUUAUACCUCCCCCACCUUAUUCCAAAACUGCCAUAAUUUUAUGUGUCUUAAAGCCGCACCUGAACAUCUUCCUUUGCGUUUGGCCAACGCGUAUGUCAUCGUUGCACAUCUGCGAGUGUGUGAUGUCUUUCCCCCCGAGCACCUCAAGCUGUACUGUUUCUAGGGACAGAGUGUGGGCCAGAAGGGACUGCCUGGAUGCAGUCUAGUUCCUGUAGUCCUAGCGAAUGAAAAUUCACUCAACUUUUUCAUACUUUUUAGCUCACAUCUCUGGUUUAAGUUUUGUCAUAUCCCCACUCUAAAGUGAACAUAGAUGAGAGAACGUAGCUGUUCUUUUGGGAAGGAAGCAGUGUGUGUAACUCGGGAUCUGAGGUGGCACUUCUUAGGACUUUAUUUUAGGUAAAUAGUUUGCUGCCCACCUGUCUAGCAAAUGCAUGAGGAGAAAAAAAUUAAUUAUUUGGGAAAAAACCCAACUUGAUGACAGUUCUAGUCUCUUUGGAGUAUUAAGUCAAUACUUAAAGGCCAGUUGAAUUCUUUUAUCUGUGUAGAACUUUCUACAAUGAAAACACUUCAUUCAGCGAAGACUGGCUUCUGCAUCCAUCAACCCAGUCUUAAUCGGGUAAACUCUAGUAACAGGUGGUUCUAAGCAUUUUCUUGUAUUCUCCAAAACAACUAUGUUUUUAUUAAGCUUGCCAAGAUAAAAUGUGGGGCUUAGAUUUAUUGUUUAACCUAUGACUAUAUUAAAAUAGUCAUGUUAUUCUCCUGGCAGUAGGCCUGAUUUAUGGCACUGCUAUAAAUCAGUUGUGCUGAUUCAGCUGUUGGCAUAGCUAUUGUCUAAAUGUAUCUUUGAAGUAAUCCAAUUAAAAACCUCUUAAAUUGAAGCAUAGUUGCACACAGCCAUUCCAUCAGCAUUGUUUAACUUCACAGAGGAUUCCAAAAACGCUGCUAACAUCUGUUUAAAUUCCCUAAGUAGAAAACCAAAGUGAUUUUUUUUUUUUAUUUGAAGAUAUUUUUUUUUUCCCACUGUACCUCUUUGAAAGUGGCCCUGCCUAAGUCUGUACGGAACUUCCAGUAACUAAAACUCCUGUGUUGAAAGAAGUGCCUCUUGAGUGAAUUCGUGGAUGAAUGCCAAUAUGCAGUACAGCUCUCAUGCACAGUUGCUAUUUGGGCUUCUGCUUUGCAGAUAUAAAUGUAUGUAUUUAAUUCAACAUAUAUUCCAGUGUCUUUGGAGUCUUUGUGGCCUUUCCUUCUGCCCUGCUGUAAAUUCAUCUCUAAGCCUACUGGAGUUACAGUAGGUCUUUAGUCUUAAAUUUUAAUUUUUUUUUUUAAAUGCACUGUGUUAAAUGAGCAGAGCUGUCUAAAAAUAAGAACCGCAUCACAGUGAAGUGAAAUUAUGAAAAGCUUUUUGCAGUCUUGGGACAAGUUAGGUAGGAAUGUAGGAGUAACUUGAAACUGUUAAACUCAAUGCGAGUAAAUGAAGUAUCUUUUUUUUUCUUUUGAGUACUCCUUCGCUCAGGAGGAGUUAAGUCUCCUUCAGUGUUAAUCUGGGAAUUGGAAGGGAAGGGGGAGUUGUUUACUUGUUAAAAAAAAAAUUAAAAAUUAAAAAAUGCUAUUUAUUCAGAUUUCUAUACAGAUUUUUUUUUUUUUUUUGAGUAGAGGUGUUACUGUACACUGGAUAUCUCACAAUGCAACCUUAUUUAUUAAAUAACUUUUCUGAAUUCUGCAGUCAAGUUAUGUUUUAUCUUUUGAUUUUAAUACUGUAAAUACUAAGUUUACAUAAAAUACUGCUUUCCAAAAGUCUGUCUUUAAACAAAUUGCUAUUUGAAGGCUGAAAUCUUUCUACAAACAGCCCUUGAAAUCUAAGUGUGGCUGUCUGUGGUAUUAGAAGUUUCUAAAGAGUAAAGCUUGUUCUGUGAGUUGAAAUGAUGAAAUGUGUUACGAAUUGUAUGCUCACGAAUUGUUUCCAAGUGCAGAUGAUGAAUUGCGUUUUAUAAAUAACCUUUUAAAAAGUUUUUAAUAAAAGCAAUUUCUGUCCCUA